AUGGCUUCGCGCAAAUGUCUUCAAGCAGCGAGGAUAGCAUUGUAUGACGACAUACAGUUGAAUGGAACAGACUCGCCUGCCAUGAAGAAGCGACACAAAAUUGCCCACGGCGCCAGGCUGGUCCUUCUGCGCCGUACAUUGAGGGCUAAUCCCGAGCUUGCUGCCACUGUCCGCACAUUGAAGGUGCCCAGCCAACCUAUCAGCUCCACCAAGGAAGAAUAUCACAACCUCAUCGCCACCAUCGUUAUGGAGUGCCCCAAUUUUGAACGUCUCGUCGGCCUCCACCCUCGCUACGACCACACCUUUAGUCGCCUCUUCCAUGCUCUUUCCACGCGAGUGAACCUGAAGCAGAUGGACUGGAUCAUCGACGCACCCGUGCUCCAGGCACCACAGCGCCCAGGAUCGCGCCCUGGCUCUAGUUCUGGCAAGUCAGCUGGCUUGAAAAUGGAGCGCAGGAUAGGACCCAAUGGCAUGCUGGAGCCUACCGAGUGUGCGGCGUUUUUCGACUGCCAUGCCAACUGGAGCAACCUGAAGACUCUGUCCAUACACUGCCUCCCAGGAGCAACUCUUGCGCCUGGUGGUCUGAUUGUCAAGAUCCUGGGUCAGCUCCCCGCUCUGGAGCACUUGUAUCUCUCCAGGCUGUCACAUGCCGCCUUCAACGACCAGACGCUCUCAGUGCUGCCGCCUCUGAAGACCCUUUCCCUUGCCCAUACCUCGGGCAUCACGAGUGCAGGCCUUUCUGCCUUUGCGACGUCGCAGGCCGCGCAGGGUAUGACGAGAUUGACUCUUCGUCACGUUAACCUUGACUCUCUGCCGGCAUUGGUCCGAAUCUUCUCCAACAUGCGUUAUCUAGAGGUCUUUUCUCUGGUCCAGACAUUUGCGCCGACGCUUCCCGAAGACACAAUGAUCUGGCUCAUGCCAUACCUCGCCUGUUCGUCACUUCGCAGGCUGCAUUGGGACAUUACCAGCCACUCGGCUGCCGCAAGCGCUGCCGACGCAAUCCUCGCGCGCAGUAUCGCCGCGGACGGAUUCCCGUCUCUCGUCGCCUUGCGGGCUCCCACUGAUCCCGAGGGGAUAUUCCAGUCGCUCUGCCGGCCAGUCGAACGCGCCGAGAUUGCAAGCGAUCGCUUCCGCACGCCGGCGCAGAGUGCCGAAAGGCAGAACACGUUCCCCAUGGGCCGAAGCAACACACUCGCUUCGCUGACUAGCUCUAGUAGCAGUAGCAGCAUCAGCAGCGGUGCGAGCAUUGGAGGGCGGAGUCAGUCGCCGAUGACACCGAUGACGCCUCAAACACCGUUGACGCCAUUCAGUCCAUCGGGAGGCAGCUUCCUUCGCGAAGCGAGCGAUCUGCGCGAGUCCCGCUUGGCGGCACAGGGACGACUCGAGGCGGCGCGCAGUGCACCGCGGUUUGCGGUGCAGGUUACCGACGAGGAGGGUUCUACGGUCGAGGACUAUGAGAUGGCAGGCUUCAUGGGUACGAUCGGCAGCCAGAUUCGCUACGACUCGAUGCCUGAUGCCGGUGCGCGGGACGAAAAGGGUGGUCUCGUGGAUAUCGACGAUGUGAUGGGCGAAUGCGGUGAAGACAUCAGCGAGCGUGAGGGCUGUUUCGGGCGGUGGAACAUGAGCACGAGCGGCAACGUGGACCGCCGGGAGAAGGAGAAGUGGUGGCAUACGGAGAGGGGGCGAUGGACGAAUGUUGAGCUAGCUUGA